CUUCACUAGCUAGCGUUCGAUAUUUACGUGUUUUAUUUUUAUUUUUUAUAAACAAUUGAUGAUUUUUGUUGUUAUAAUUACAACAUUGGACAAGACUGCUUCGAAAUGUCAAGAAAAGCACAUUAGGAAUACGCUGCGUGGGACGCGCACAGAGGAGGAAGACAAUCCCGGAAAUAACACGCGUACACGCAGCCUGUCACGUACGCUCAGGAGUGGAUUUGCAUUGCUGUGGGCUGCCACACCCAACUCAACCUGAAAAUGUUUCUACAAUAGUGCACGCCACCAGACAGCUUGGAGGUGGAGGGAUGCUUGCAAAGGACAAACAAAAGUCGGACCUGAAAGUGGUUGCAAGAGAGCUCCUUUCCGUCACGGCACCCAGCGGCUCGGCAAGAAGAUGAUGCGCGGACGUGGGCUACGUGCACAUCCUACGGCGCAUGAUGAGAUGAAAUGGAGCGUUGGGGGCUGAAGGACCUUUUAAAGCCGAGAUCAGUCACAGCUUCAGCGCCUCAGGAUAAAAGGAUCAGCGGACAGCAGCUUGCCUGUUCACCGGUAGAAAUUGUGUACACUUACUCGGCGGACAUGGGGCUCAAUAGUUUGUGCGGGCCAGCAAUCGGGGGUCCGAACACUGAGGAUUUUCUCACAAGUCUAGCCGACCCCCCUGGACUCACGACCCCGACGAAACAAUGCAGAACCGGCGUGCCGCUCUACAACGGUGAUGUCGCAUCUCCGUCUGUGGAGGGGAGCCCACCAGGUGCGUUAGCUCAUACGCCAAACCCAGCGCAGAUAAAGUGCACAGCAGGGACCCCCGUGUACCCCCUGAGCAGCAGAGCCUGUCUAGUGGAGAAUGGGGACCCUGUUUUGAUGAGGAGGACCAACAAUGAACUUAGAGCCAGACAACUUAAAAGGAGAGGUGGAGAGAACCGGGACUUGGGAUCUGAGACACUAGAUUUAAGCUGUUCAGAAGAUUCAGUUUUUGCCAUAGGGGAGUCUGACUUGAAGCGGAGGAGGUUGGCCGAUGGAAGUAUUGCUCACAAAUGUUCCAGGGUGACUGCUGACUGCAGUAAAAGUUGCUAUGGUAACCAGGUGAUUUCCAGUCCUUGUGUCGCUCCCCAGACACCCCUCACCCCUGCGCUCCCCCCGAGUAUCCAACACAACAUAUAUCAGGUGGCAACCCCCGGCCUGCACGGUCAGACCUCCCCCUUGGAGGCAAACGGCAUCCUGACUUUGUCCCCUCCGGAGGGGGCCGGCUGGUCGGCGGAACACAUCGCCCUGCAGUACAUCGUGCCCUGCAUGAAGUACUACGGCAUAUUUGUGAAGGACAACUUCCUCGGCCCUACGCUGGGCGAGCGGGUCUUGGAGGAGGUCGAAGUCUUAAACCAAAGCGGGAAAUUCCGGGGCGGACAGCUGGUGAGCCAAAAAGGCAUUCCCUCUCGAAGCAUCCGGGGCGACCAGAUUGCCUGGGUGGAAGGACAUGAGACUGGAUGUAAGAACAUUGGGACGCUGAUGACCCAUAUUGAUGAAGCUGUCAUGCACAGCGCAGCCAACGGACAGCUGGGGGACUGCGUCAUUAACGGACGGACGAAGGCCAUGGUUGCUUGUUACCCAGGUAACGGUGCCGGUUAUGUCCGUCAUGUGGAUAACCCUAAUGGCGAUGGACGCUGCAUUACGUGUAUCUACUAUCUGAACAAGAACUGGGACGUCAAGAUGCAAGGAGGGUUGCUGCAGAUCUACCCCGAAGGCAAAAAUGUGGUUGCAAACAUUGAACCCUUGUUUGAUCGACUGCUAAUCUUCUGGUCCGACCGCCGGAACCCACACGAAGUCAAACCAGCCUAUGCUACUCGCUAUGCCAUCACAGUCUGGUACUUUGAUGCCAAAGAGCGAGCAGAGGCGAAGGAGAAAUAUAGACUGGCAACGGGACAGAAAGGUGUUCAGGUGCCUGUCAGUCAGAACAGCAGGGCAUGAAUCUCAUCUUAAUGACCGGAGAGCAAGCAUGGAAGCACCAUGUGUCUUUCUGAGCUCUUAAUGGACGUCAUAAAGGAAGUCGCUGUUAAACUGUCACUCCUUUCUGCAUUUAUGGAGCGUAGCGGAUACAAAGUCUUGCGGCUUGGUGAUAUGAGAGGAAACAAGUGGUCCUCUUCUUCAAAAAAUCUGACUUCUCACAGGUUUUUUUGUCUGCAUUUAGUGAUAUGUCAGGUCAAAGAGGAGAAACUACAAUACAGCGAGGAGAAUGUGGUACUUGUUCAUCCAGUACUGACUUUACACACGAAGCUGAGUUAUUGCGAUCUUUCAAAUGAGAGAGGCAUAUUAAACAUUUCAGGACAGAAUUUCAAUAAUGCACAUAGCAUGAGGAAAACUUUACAUGUGGGGAUCUCUGUAGAAUCGAUGUGGACAGAUCACACAUCAUAGUCUCAAACAGGGUCUCAUGUAAUUGUGUGCGUGUCACACACCUUUUUGCAUACCUCGUACUUGUUUAAAGUACCAGUAGAAAGUAAAAACAAGUUGACUUUAUAUGCUUAAAUGUGUUUCAUUGUAUCCAUUAAACAAUAACCUAUCGUAUUUACAAUAUGCAAAGUAUGUGAAAAUACUGUCAAAACAUCACAAAAUGCCACAAUAUCAGAUGGCCAUUUAGAAUAUUCUACUCCGAAACUCUUCGGCAAUUUCCGUAGAUUCAGGGUCGAAUGACGUCACGGUGCACUCUGACUAUAUCAGCCGAUCAGUCAUACUGGAAAUGUGCAAACACUAGAAAGAGAUGUGCUGUCUAUCAAUCACAAAUUCUAUAUAAGACAUCAAAACGUUUUUCUUUUUUUAUGCAUUCUAAGUCGUAGAUUUAAAAAAAAAAGUUUGCUAACAAUUGAGUCAGUUGGAGCUCUCUAUUCCGCCCACAAAACCCCAAUAACCAUCCAAAACCCACCAACAAUACUCUAUUUACAUAUCGUGACCUGAAAAAUAACCAAAUAGCGAUAUUGUUAUUAUAAGCUCUUACGCAGACUAUUUUUUAGCCGCGCAUUGAUGAGCACAAAAUGCCGCUCAUCUGGAUAUUAGAAGAAUUUAGCAAUGAAUCUAAAAGGUGUUUAUCUGAUACAUUCAAUUUAUACCCGGAGAUGGAGACAAAGACACGACAACUGAAGAUGGUGUCUUUUUAACCCUUUGUGUUUAUUAUGAUGAUCAUAAUUCAUCUAAAUUGAAAAAUAUGGAAAUCCUGUCAGUCGUCAUCGCAGUGAGAGCAGACAUUGUACAGUAAGCUAUCGUUUUUUUAUGUUUGUAGUUUGUAUUUCUUGUUUAGCACUUAGCAAUACUGCUACAUGAUGCUUAGUGUUUCGCUGAAGUUGGAUCUGUUUAGCAGAGCUUCUAAAACUUGUAGCUCACCCCCCUUGUAUUUAGGAUAAAAAACAUUAAGGUUCCGGAUCAUAAUUUUUCCCACAGUAAUCGUCGUUGGCUCGCACAAAUUCUGUAUAAGUUGCAUUGUUGUUGGUGGGAAAGGGAUCUGUGUGUCCCACUUGUGACUGGCUUGCUCAUUAUCCCUCAAAAUGGCCCGGGAAUCUCCCGUGAGAUGGAUACAAUUUCGAUCAUAUCUAUUUACUCCCAGACUUUGUUAGUCUUUUGGUGUCAUAAACUAGAUAUACAGUAUAUGAUAACAGCUUCAAUAUAGAGGCAACUUGUUUUUCUAUUCUACCGGUACUUUUAAACAUGACAAAAACAGUACAAAAGUGCGUUGCAGAAAAUGUAACUAAAAGAGGUAACUACUGUAGAUCCUCUAAUUAUAGAAUGUAUUUACUGGAAUCGCAGUUGUAAACAGUAUGGCAAGUUUUAGCAUGCAUGAGUUUCACGACUUUUGGACACGACACACCUGAUGACAAUACAAGAUUCUGACGUAAUUGAAUAAAGGCCCUAAUUGGAGCAUUUACGAUAUACAGUAUUUAGAAUGGAAAAAGGAUAGUGCACACUUAGAGCCACACCUGUAUUAUGCAAAACAAUAUGAGCGCUAAUAUUACAAAAAGUCAUAGACUAGUUAAUUCACAAUUAUACAAUACUAUGCGUCAUUAAAAAAUACAUAACCCAUGAAACAUUUGAUUCUGAAGUGAAAACUGAUCAUUGUUAGCUUUUUAAUACAUCUCUUGUAUUAGAUUAGAAUAUGGUGGUGUGUUUAAUCCUCAUUAGUAAGACAAUUCAUUCAAAACAUGUUUAGUACUAAGCACAAGUUUUGGCACACUCACUAUAUGUGAGCUGCAGCAUUGCGUAUGCGUGUGUGUGUACAAGUGUGACUCUUCAAAUGUGUGUUUGAGCACAUUAGAACUACUGUUUUGAUGGUGGUUACAGGUGUUGUGUUAGCCUGGUUUAGGUGGGAAAAAGUUUAUUUUACAAAAAAGCACUUUAUCGAGUGAAAUGUGACUGUUACCAGGCAGUUGAAAUAGUAUGUAAAAAAAAAACAAAAUUAAAAAAAAGGCCAGCCAGUGCCAGAUAAAGCUAAUCUUGACUUGCUGUAGUGGUUGAAGAAAGCGCAAUAAUGUAUGUUUUUUUGUUUUUUUAAUGACAACAAUCACACUUUGUGAAAUGCUGUGUGAAUGAUUAAAAAAAAAAUUAAACUCAGUGUAAGAUUGA